CCUGUGCACUUGCUCUGCCUCUGUUGAAAUGCUUGGCCAGAUGGCCCAUGGUAUUAGUUCGUACACUGAUCAUUUACCUGCAACCAGCAUCCAAUACCAUGUUGACGCACUUAAAGAAGGGUUUUCUAUUUUGGGUGGUAAGACUUUCCCAUUUAUGGACAAUGACGAGUAUGCAAGUUUUGUCGAUAUCACACACUUCAAAAUAUUGGAUGUCGUAAAAGUGGCGCGCAGCAGUCUUGUAAAAGAAUUGCUGCCUAAAAGACUGGACGAUCCACAUUAUUCGCUCCGAUCUGUGGAACGGACUCUUAUGUAUGGAGAGCUGCCACUGACACCGUAUCUGAGGCGUCUUGACCUGUCAGAAGGAUGUGCUUAGGCGCAUCGCCCUGUCAGAUGGGUGGUUGUAACGGCAAUGCAGUAUGGAAGAGUGACGCUGCUCUGCAAUUUCUAAUCCGUGAACCAUGUAAGCAGGUUAUAUGGUGGACGAUAACCAAUGAAAUCUGGGUUAUUGUUUGUUUUAACUAGCAGCUGAGUUGUCAUGUUCACACCAAAGUUUGAAGCUAUAGUAGUUGGGCUGUGCGCUUCGUUUUCAAGGUGCCAAAUUGUGGAGCGUCCAAUCCAAUGAAAAGCUCAUAUUGAACUUGUAUUGUGCGAAACGGCAGGAUAAGAUAUCCUGAGCGUUGACAGUGUUGUUCAUGUUAAUGCAAAUGUUCCGCUUCCUUU